GAAUGAUCUAGUAACGUCAAGCGGCCUGUGCACGCUUCCCGACGUCCCGCGAAUCCCCUUUAUAUACGACUCCUCCGCCAUUGAAUUCCAUUUUCAUCAUAUUUUUCAAGGAAGGGGAUAAACAACAAGAAACACGUCAUCUCUGCCAUUAAAAACUCAUCCCAUUUUUGUUCAUACCAAUCAAAAUCAAAACUAAUUGAAUAAUCCGAGAGUGGUGUGCUUCAAUUUCAAGUAAUUUAUUUAAUCCGGGUCUCAUCUGUUAAUUUCUUCUUGAUUUCUUCUUCCAUCUUCCUUCCUUGUUAUAUGAUCUGUCUGGGAAUAAAAAACGCAUCUGUCGUUGUUCAUCUCAAUCGGUUGCAUUUCAGGGUGCAAUCAAAACCCAAUUUUCUAUCACCGAGAAGAAAAUCACCAUCAGCAGGUGUUUUCUAUUCCAGUGUUUAUCGUAAAAAAUCUGUGAUCGUUAAUACAAUAGAUCCAUUUCUAAUGGCCAAAGGCGACGCCGCCGGAGAAAUCAUGCUGACUUCAGGAGCCAGUGGGCGUGUAACCGCGCUCCUCUCUAUGCAAGUUUUGAAGAGCUUUUUGAUGCUCGUGAACGCCUUUCUUCUGUUGCUAUUUUUCCCAUUUCGGGGACGGAAGCGGUGUCAUUCCGGGCAAUUGCCUUUGUCAGAGAAAGGUGGGAAGGAGGAGAAACAGGAUGUCGGCGGUAGCGGAUGCGGGGUAAAUAGUAAUAACAACAACAAUCGGAAAGUGGGGGUGCCUGUGAUGAGAGUCCCGUCGACGAUCGUGUCAUGGAAGAGUAGCACAUCGGCGGCCGUGGCUGUAGACCAUGAGGUGGCGAUACGUAGGGCACUUGCAAUCAGGAAAGUGACGGACGGCGGCGACGUUUGCCGACGGGAGUUUUCGCUUUUUGUGACGCCCAGAGGUGAGACGAUGUUCACCCAAUCGUGGACCCCUAUUUCGGUCAAGACCAGGGCACUGGUUGUUCUUUUGCAUGGACUCAACGAACACAGUGGCAGGUAUGAUGAAUUUGCAAAGCAGCUGAAUGCACAUGGAUAUAAAGUUUAUGGGAUGGAUUGGGUUGGACAUGGUGGGAGCGAUGGGCUUCAUGCAUAUGUACACUCUCUUGAUGACGCUGUUACUGAUGUGAAAGCAUUUAUAAAGCACGUCUUGGCUGAAAACACAGGUCUUCCAUGUUUUUGCUUUGGGCAUUCAACUGGUGGAGCCAUCAUUCUUAAGGCUGCGCUUGAUCCAAAGGUCGAGAAGUCAGUAUCUGGUAUUGUGCUCACAUCCCCUGCCGUAGGAGUUCAACCUUCGCAUCCAAUCUUUUUGAUACUCGCUCCUCUUUUCUCCCUCCUGUUGCCCAAGUUUCAACUGAGUGCUGCGAACAAGAAGGGUACGGCUGUCUCAAGAGAUCCAGAAGCACUAGUGGCAAAGUACUCCGAUCCGCUUGUCUAUACCGGAUCAAUCAGGGUUAGAACAGGUCACGAGAUUCUCAGGAUCACGUCCUUCUUGCAACGCAACAUCCAGAAACUAAAAGUGCCCUUCUUCGUUCUCCAUGGCACUGCCGACACCGUGACAGAUCCAGACGCUUCAUUUAAGCUAUACAAAGAAGCAUCCUCGGAAGACAAAUCGAUCAGCCUUCUUCCGGGUUAUUUACAUGACCUACUGUUUGAACCAGAACGAGAAGAGAUCAAAAGGGAGAUCAUCGACUGGUUGAACAGCAGAGCGUGAAAGAGCGAGCGGAGUAUGUCGAUGGUGGCGUCUGUUGGAAAUUAUGUAUUGGAAAUAAAAUAUGGCUCAAAACGUUGAAGAGACAUUUGGGUUGUAAGCUUUCAUGUGUAGAGAGAGGGAGAGAGAUUCUGCAAUGAGUUUUUGAUGAUUUCUCAUGUCAACUCUAGCAGAAACUGCUCCAAGAUACUCGCUCAUUGUUAGUUGACAGCAUGUACUCCGUAUUUUGUACAUUUUUAGGAGAUACCUUCGGUUUCCUGGAUCAA